AUGAAGGAGGUGGUGCUCCACGUGUACGACGUGACCAACAGCGACUCCGAAAAGACCAACAACACCAUCCUCCAGAUCAACCGCAUCUUCAAGGACCGCAUCGGCCUCGGCGGCAUCUUCCACAGCGCCGUCCAGGUCUAUGGCGAGGAGGAGUGGUCGUUCGGGUUCUGCGAGAACGGCAGCGGGGUGUUCAGCUGCCCCGUGAGCAAGAACCCCAUGUACACAUACCGCGAGCGCAUCGUCCUCGGGGAGACGGAGUGCACCAUAGCCACCGUGAACAGGAUCCUGCGCGAGCUCAGCCGCGACUGGCCAGGGCACUCCUACGACCUCCUCUCCAGGAACUGCAACCACUUCUGCGACGUGCUCUGCGACAGGCUCGGCGUCCCCAAGCUUCCAGGCUGGGUUAAUCGUUUUGCCAAUGCUGGCGAUACUGCUGUGGUGGUAGCUGAGAAUACAGCAGUUAAGUUCAGGCAGGCUAAAACAGAAAUUGUCAAUGCUAGUAGAGUAGCAUAUAGAUUUAUGGCAGGCCUGACUUCGAAAAACCAGGCUUCCCAAGAGUCUCCGGGUGAACAAAAUAGAGACAGCCCUACUUUCCAAGGAACAUGGUUCAAGAAUGUUGUUUCAGCUGGGGCGAAGCCAUCUACAAGCGGGUCAACUCCCUCGCAAGAAGCUGAUGAUGCACGCCCCUUGCAGCACCAACAAUCGGCAGAGCAACCAACAAGGUUGUAG